GUUCCGCCCCCUAGCGGCUUACAUAUACCAUACACGACUGGAGUGUGCCGGUCAGACACACCUAACAGGUGCAAACAUGAAGAAGAUAUUCACGGCCAAGCACAUUUCUGACUGGUUCACCUCCGGGGCCACGUUUGCCAACAUUAAACUCACAGAGGAGGUGGUUGAAAAGAGUUCACCCGAGCCCUCGUCUAAAGACACGAGCCCAGGAAAGGUUUCUGAUGAACACUCCAUUAAAAGUGGGAAAUCAGUGGGAGGACAAUUCAAGGAAAAAGGUAGCAGCCAUCCUCCCCUUCAAAGCUACGAGUACCCAAGCUUGCCCAUAACCAAAAACAGACAGGAGCUGAUUUCUCUCAUAGAAAACAACUCUGUUGUCAUAAUUCGAGGAGCCACAGGCAGCGGCAAGACCACCCAGCUGCCACAGUACAUUCUGGACCACUACAGUGAGAAAAAUGCCUCGUGCAACAUUGUGGUCACGCAACCACGCAGAAUUGGUGCUACAAGUAUUGCUCGAUGGGUUGCUACUCAGAGGAAGUGUACCCUCGGUAGUCUGGUUGGAUAUCAGGUUGGGCUAGAAAAGAUGGCAACUGAACACACCCGACUGAUCUAUAUGACAACAGGAGUGCUGCUGGAAAAACUGGUGUCUGCCAGGACCCUCACAGAGUACUCCCAUAUUUUUAUUGACGAGGUUCAUGAGCGUACUGAGGAGAUGGACUUUCUUUUGCUUGUCUUGAGAAAACUUCUCAACUCCAACUCACGUUACGUGAAGAUCAUACUCAUGUCAGCCACGAUCAACUGCAGACAGUUUGCAGAUUACUUCAGUACUCCAAUUCGUGGAAAAAUGAACCCAGCCUAUGUGUUUGAAGUGGAGGGGGCACCUUAUGGCAUUGAGGAUUUUUACCUGGAAGACCUUCAGCAUUUAAGUCUCUAUAGUGUGGAUUCGACCCAUUUAGAUGACCCUCACAUCUCAGCUCAGAUGUAUGAUCUUGCUGUCAGUCUCAUCCAGAGCUUUGACAAGAUAGAAGGCCAAGAUUCCAGCGAUGACGAUGGCGUACGCUUCUCAGAGAGAGGCAGUGUCCUUGUUUUCCUUCCCGGCUCACACGAGAUAACCUACAUGCAUCAAGCCCUGGCCAAGCUGGUCCGCAAAAGGUUACAGGUUUAUCCCCUCCAUUCCUCUGUGACUAUGGAAGAGCAGUAUGGUGUUUUCCUGCCUCCUGUUCCUGGAUACAGAAAGAUUAUCCUUUCAACCAACAUUGCAGAAAGUUCAGUGACUGUGCCUGAUGUCAAAUAUGUCCUCGAUUUCUGCCUGGCCCGUCGGUUGGUUUGUGAUAAAGAAUCCAAUUACCAGUCUUUACGUCUCACCUGGGCAUCAAAGACCAACUGUAACCAACGUAGAGGAAGAGCAGGCCGUGUAUCCAAGGGCUACUGUUACCGCCUCGUUAGCAAAGCCUUCUGGAAGAACGAAAUCCCGGACUAUAUGAUCCCUGAGAUGUUGCUUGCCCCCUUGACCACCGUCAUACUGAAGGUGAAGCGCCUGGACAUGGGAGACCCCCGGUCCCUCCUCUCUACAGCUCCCUCACCCCCAAACCUCAAAGACAUAGUGAGGACUGUGCUCCAACUAAAGGAGAUGGGGGCCCUGUCUGCUAAACAGGAUGUUACAUGUUUGAAUGAGGAUGGUGAGCUUACGUUCCUGGGUCGUGUGCUGGCCCACUUACCUGUGGACCUGUACCUCGGCAAGCUGAUUGUCCUUGGACACGUUUUCGGCUGUUUAGAUGAGUGUCUAAUCAUAGCUGCUUGCAAUUCUCUGAAGAGUUUCUUUGCCAUACCGACAAUGCAGCAGCUUGCCGGUCACAGGAGCAAGCUGGCUUUUGCCAAAAGCACCCAAAGUGAUUCCAUAGCAUUUGUCAACACCUUCAAGGCAUGGCUUUCAUUCAAAAAGAAAGGACAACUAAGAAACAUGAAGGAUGAACUGGAAUGGGGAAAAGAGAACUUCAUACAAAUUAAGAGGAUCCGUGAGGUUGCAGAGUUGUAUGAAGAUCUGAAAAAACGUGUGCAACAGUUUAACAUGUUUGUGACGGACAACACCCAGCUCUCUGACUACACCAGCAUACACGAACAGAAGUUCAUCCUUCAGGUUGUCAUUGCUGGUGCCUACUACCCAAACUACUUUGUCCAGAGGGAAAUUGAUGAAGACUUGGCUUCCAGAGAGUUGAGUGGUUUGAACCACAGAACAACUGUGAUGGUGAGGAAUCUCCCUCCGUACAGUUUUCUGUACUACAAACAGCUGCAGUCUCUGUUCCGCCAAUGUGGACAAGUCAAAGCCAUUUUCUUUGAGAGCUCCAGAGCAUAUGUGGAAUUCUACAAGACAUCCCAGGAUUCUGCAGUGCUCCCUGAGGUGAUGCUCGCCCUCAUUUUGGCCCAGCAGGGAUCUGCCUUGGAAUUGUCUGUUUACCCAAUGGAACAAAUAGAAAAAUGCGUAGGCAGCAGACCAGUAUCUCACAUGAAAUAUGCACGGGUAAACGUCGACUUCCAAAGCCAGUCUGUCUUUCCAGUGGGAGUAGUGAGCAGCACCCUUGAGCCAGACAAACUGCCUCCUAACCGCUUGUUUGUGGUCAGCGUUACAGAGGUGGUGGAUGUGGGCCAUUUCUGGGGCUUCCAGGCAGAUGAAGCCAGUUUAGAAAAGCAGCGCCAACUGACAGGAGAGAUCAACAUGCGCACACUGCAUCCUAUAACUUUGUCACUCUAUCCUAACCUUCUGUGUUUGGCGCCCUACUCUGAGAUAAACAACCAGAGCCUCUACUACCGGGCGAAGAUCCUGCACAUGCGUGGAAACACAGUAGAAGUGUUCUUCUUGGACUUUGGCAACACAGCAGCUGUCCCAUGCAACACCUUGAGGGAACUACCAUCUGACCUCCUGCAUCACCCCUUCCAGGCUCAGGAGUUCCAAAUUACUGAAAUGCGUCCAUCAGCCGAGUCUGUCAUCUUUGGGAACCAGUGGAGCAGCCGUGCUCGUCAACGGUUCAUGGCGCUUGUGAAAGACCAUUCAGUCAUUGUGUCGCUUUACUCCAUUCUCAAUGGAAUAAUGCGUGUACAGCUGCUCAUCAGCGGCGAGACGACAAACAAAAGCCUGGCUGAUAUUUUUGUGGAGGAGGGCCACGCCGUCAUUGCUGAAGAGAGCUUUGACUCGAAGCAAAACAACGAGACACUGGUUUCUCUGUACAAAGACAUUCAAACAGGAAUGUAUGUCCCCAAUGCCAUCAGCAGCUCCUGGAAAGAUCGCAAGAAAGAAGAGAAGGAGCUCAUCGACUGCCUCCUCUCCCACUUUUCAAAAAGCCGCACGCUUUACUCUAGAACAAAGAUUCGUCUGCAUGGACCGAACAGUCCUCAUAAAAUGUUGUUUCACAGCUUGAACGCCACCAUAUACUGCAAGAUGGUGUGCAUUGAUCGAAGCAGCGUCAAUGCCAUGGCUCUGAAUGAAAACCCUCACUACAAGCACCAGAGAAUGAUGGUAUCUGGGACAGUGUCUGUCAGUGCUUCAGGUAACCAGAUUCUCCUGAGGGACACCACCCUCAUGCCAGACAUUCCUGGACUGUCUGCCAUUGUUACCAUGCUCUUCACCCCCAUCAUGGAGUUGCGCACUAAUGAAGAGAAGACUUGCUACACUGGAGCGCUCUGUGGUUUGGGCUGGAACAGUCAAACCCAAGAAGGCCUUCCACCUGAACAUGACAUUGAAAUGGCCUUUGAUGUAAAGUUUGACGUGGAAGACAUCACUGAGAUAAAUGCUCUGCGAGUAGCUAUCAACCGUCUAGCGUGUGAAGGGCCCAGUGGCACCCUGCAUCUGGGUUCUGACAGGAUUGGCCAACUGCAAGAGGACUGUCGGGAGCGCCUCAAGAGCUUGUUCACUAAAUCUCCUCCGAGGGAAGCUGUCACUCCAGUGUACUAUGACAAAGCAGGAAAAUGGAACCAGGUUGAUCCUUCCCUCAAGGUGGACAUCACUGAGGUCAGAGCUGGGAACACAAGAGGUUUUUUACAGCUGCAUCCUGUCAUUCUUCUCAACUGAAAAGUUUACCUGUGUGAAUUUGGACACCCUUAUUAUUGCAAAUAGUUAAAUUACUGCCAUUCGUUUCUGUUACGUUUGUGCUGUCAAAAUUUCCGUUAGUGCUGUUAGGGUUUUUAAGUUAUUCUAAACUACAUUUUCUGACCAGUGACAUCAUCCAGCUCAUCCAACUUGUCAAAAAGUCAAAGUUAUUAUGUUAACGGUUUAUUGUUUAUAACCUGCCCCCCCACCUUGUCAAAAUCUCCCCAAACUUCUCCCAUUUGUUUGUGCUACACUUGUGCUUUAAAAUUGUCUACCAAAUCUACCAUACCUUAUAGAUAACAACAUAAAACCUGAAAUAGACCAAAUCAUUUUGCAGCACACACGUUUGGGGAGAUUUUGACAAAGUGGAGUGGCUGGUUGUUAAUAACAUAAAAAAAAACUUUAACAGACAAAAACGUUUUGGAGCACAAACACAGCAUAGCACAAAAGUUUUGGGAUAUUUUGAUGUUUUUAUAAAAACGAAAGGGAAAAGGUGGGCGCGGGGGUCACUCGUCAGAAAAUGUAUUUUAGAAUAACCUAAAAACCGUAAAGGCACAAACAAAAAAAUUAUUGCCACAUACAAAUGGCAGUGUUAUUUUAAUAUUUGCAAAGCAUUGGGGCUAAUGUUUACCAUUUUCAUUUCACGUGUUUGUCAGAAGUGUUACUUUACUGAACCAGUGUGACUUGAGAUUCAGUGGUACAGAAGAUUCCGUUACUUUAUUUUUAGCAUGUACAAAUAUGUAUGGGUGAUCUUUGUACAGAUACUUCUAUAUUUUGUCAGAUCUUGGAUUAGAUUUGUUAUAGGUAUUCAUUAUGUUACUGUUGUUCAGCAGUGGGUCAAUAAAUAUCUGGUUGCAACAGAA